CAAACAUUUGACUGGUCGCAUUGGAUCAAUACAGUGUAUCAGAUAUUGUAUAUAAUUACUACCUACCCGUCUAAAAGUGGGCGAGGACGACUGGAAUUAAUUAAAAUUUGUCGCAUUUUUCAGUUGCAUUCCAUUUGAAUAAACGAUGUCUUCACAAGUACAGAAUUUGCAGAAACAAUUGUUGCAGUUAAGACAAGAGGCAAAUUUGCAGAGAAUACCCGUGUCAGAAGCUAUAUCAGAGAUAUUGCGAUAUACCACCCAACACGCCCAUGAUGAUGCCUUGGUUAUUGGAGUAGCGCAGUCAGAAAACCCAUUCAAAGAUGCAAAGGGAUGUCUGAUUCUAUGAUUGCACUUGUCAGUGUGGAACUACACCCCAUCUUGAGUUAGAGCGUUAAUACCAUAGAAGAUCUAAAGUUGUCAAUGACAUGCCUUGCAGUUUCUUCAUGUUCAUUCUAUUUUAUGUUUCUGUACAUGAUAAGUAGCUAUUAUUAAAUGUGUUUUACACUGUUCUCAUUACUAACCCUGUAUCUUUUACCAGUUGUUUGUGGAUGUAAACUAGUCGGGCUAGUUUGUUCAUAGAUUGGAAGUCGUAGACAAAAUUGAAAUCUUAAUCAGGGACCAUAUUCCUGACAAAUCUGAAGAAAAAUCUAAUCCUUAACUUUUUAGGGAGGAAAUAAUCUUUCACCAGGCUUUUGGGGCAUCAGCCAGAUAACUGGUGUUAACAAAGCAGUAUUACAUGGCUAAAAUGGAAAUGCAAUAUUUCAAGUUAAUGUUUACAUCUGAUUUUUCUGAUUGCACCUGCAUGAAAAGCCGAAAAAAAUCAGUUUGGAGAUAUGUAUUAUUUGUAUAAUUUGUUUGGUGAACUCAAUAAUCUGCUAUUAAUGGAUACAUAGUACACAUGUGUCGAUGUUUUGAAUUUUAUUUUAAAUUCUUGCUGAUUGUUGUAUCCUGAAUCUCAAUUUUAGCAUAGUAUUUUAUUAUUUUAGUUAUUUUGCAUUGGUGAACAUAGUUUUUGGUUAAACACAAUAUCACCACAAUCUUAAAUUAUCCAUGGCAUGGCAUUUCAUGCUUUGGGGUGAAUGAAUGGAGAAUAGUAGCGAUUGUUUUGUUUUUUAACAAUAUAAUAAUGUGUAAAAUUUGACCUGUUAAGCAAAAGACAAAAAGAUAUUCUAUCAAAUUAUAUUUUUAGGCAGUUGCAAUGCAGAAACUAUGGUAUUUUUUUUCCAAAAGCUGCAUUGAAGGUCAUUUUGGGAAUCAUGUGACAUCAUAUUUAUCACGACAUCAAAGAAUAUAUACAUGUAAUGUAAUAUUGUUAAAGAGAAUUAAAUUCAUACUAUGGUAAGUCAUUUUUCAAAAGCAUGAAAUAAAAGGAUUGUUUUGUCGAUUUCAGUUCACGAUGAUAUAAUUUCUUUUGUGGUUACAUAAAACAAAUAUUUUGAUUUGAGGCUACGCCAUUGUUAACACUAUGAUUUGUGUUACUGAUUAUGAAAUGAUAAUAGCAUCUUUCACUGAGAACAACAAAUAUCCACUAUAUCAUGUGUAUCAUAUAUGUGAUGAUUCUUGACACUCAUGUGUGACGAAGUAAAAUUGUGUGAUCACUUAACUCUAGCAAGUGACUACCUUGGACAAAAGGAAUGGAAAAAUCAUUGUUUAUGGAUGCAUUCAAGGUUUUUGUACCUUUAAAAAUAUAAGCAUUUGUUGGAGGAACUGGGAUGUUUUCUUGAUUUCUUUGUAAAAAGCAGUCAUAAUUUCUGUAAAAUUGUUGUUUUUAUUGCUUUGAGAUGUAAACAUUUUGUACUCAAAACCAUUGUGCAAUAUUAAUUUUGAUGCAAUACACUAACGUUUUAUAUGUUUAGAAACACAUUUUUGAGAAAUAAUAUCACAUGAAACAAUUAUUUUGUCCUUUUUGUGUACAAUUUGUGGUCACAUAUGGUAUAUUAUAUAAUUAUCAUAGUUAUCAUUAUCAUAAUGAUGAUUUUAAUUAAAAAAAUUGUUAUGAAGUCAGUUCUCAAUCGUCCUUGGAAAUUUUUCAUGAUAUUUAAUGUUAAUAUUUGUAGAUUCAUUAUUGUUGUAAAAACUGACUGAAGCACACCGUUUUAAACUCGACUAUUAUGUAUGAAAUAUAUAUAGUGGAGCUAUCCUACUCACCCCGGCGUUGGCGUCUUCGUCUGCGUUAGCAUGCAAAUGUUAAAGUUUUCGUACUACCCCAAAUAUUUUCUUUGUCCCUUGGCAAAUUGCUUUCAUAUUUUGCAUACUUGUUUACCAACAAGACCCCAACCUAUAAACAAGAGCAGACAACUCUAUCAAGCAUUUUGUCAUAAUUAUGGCCCCUUUUCCAUUUAGAAUAUGCAGCAAAUGUUAAAGUUUUUGUACUACCCCAUUUAUUUAUAUUGUCCCUUGACAUAUUGCUUUUAUAUUUUGCAUACAUGUUUACCAACAUCACCCCAACCUAUAAACAAGAGCAGACAACUCUAUCAAGCAUUUUGUCAUAAUUAUUGCCCCUUUUAUACUUAGAAUAUGCAUAUUAUUGAUAAAUCUAUGUUAAAGUUUGCAUAGUACCCCAAAUAUUUCCUAUAUCCUUUGACAUAUUGCUUUUAUAUGUUGCAUACUUGUUUACCAACAUAACCCCAACCUAUAAACAAGAGCAGACCACUGUAUCAAGCAUUUUGACAUAAUUAUGGCCCCUUUUACACUUAGAUAAUUGAACAUUUUGCUUAAAUUGCCAUAACUUCUUUAUUUAUGAUCACAUUUUAUUAUUACUUUGACAAAACAACACUUACCUGAAUACCACAAUGGAUUCCACCCAAACAAUACCCCACGCCCCUACCCAGAAUCCCUUCACCCCCCCCCAAUGUUAUUUUAAUUUUUAAUUUUAAACAUCAUCUAAUAAAUUACCACACCCCACAUUAUACCCCCCCUACCCCCCAAAAUUUAUUUUUAUUUUUUUAAACAUCAUCUAAUAAAUUACCACACCCCACAUUAUACCCCCCCCCCCCCCCAAUUUUUUUUUCCUUUUUGUAUUUUUGAAAGAUCGGCUAAUAAAUUAUUGAAUAUGAACAAUUUCCCCAUGAUGGCUUACGUUAUACUGUCAAGCACUUGAAUAGUCGAGCGCGCUGUUCUCUGACAGCUCUUGUUGAUAAUAUUCUUAACUCGAUUUCCAUGGAAUAAGAACCCUUUGAUUUGUAAUAUGUAUUAUUUAAUCAACUCUGGUUCCCAAUAUUUGUACUCACACACAUUGGACCAGUGUUGAUUUCCAUUUUAUCAUUAUAAAUGUACACACUGCUCCAAAGCAACAGUAUUCAAACGUAUACCAAAUAUUACAUUUAAACCAAAUAUAUAUCAAGCAAUUAUGCAUGCUUUAAUACGUACUGGUUGUAGGCUGGUUAAGUACUUUUUACUGAACUGUUGACUUCUUGCUGGUUUGAAAGUGUUUCAUUAUCACAAUAACUAAGAAAACAGAUAAUCUGUUGGUUCAUAGUGAACAUAAUGCAAGAAAAUAUUGAUAGCAACUCUUAAGAAUAGUGCUUCCAAACAAAUACAUAUAUUGGCAAUACCCGGGCAUAUUAUAUUAUCAAGAAAUAUCAGUAUGAUGGUAACUUAUUAGUGAACUUAUGAGGACAUUUUUAUGUUACUUAUCGUAAAAUAAACAAAAUCAAUAUGCUUUUGUUACAACAGUAUUAUAUAUUCACAAACUAAAUGACUUUCUGAUUAUUUUUUAAGCAGAGGAAUUUAUAAUCAGAUAAACAUUGUAGCUAUACUUUUUAUUGUUGAAUAUAAAUCAGUUUACCUAUGCAUAAUUUUAUACCAAGAGACAGUUUCACAAAUUAUUUUCAUGAGAAAUAACUUUCAAAAAUGUGCUUUUUUCCAGUUUUUCACGACUGUUUUAAUUGGUUGAUAUGUAAGUUUAAAUGACGCAUUGUCCUAGACAGAUAAAUGGAAGUGUUUUCAAUAGAAAAAAAUAGCUUCCUUAGACCCCAAUAUUGGCAAGUGUCUCCUUAAGAUUAAUUUCAUAAUUGUCUGUAAAUUCUUGGAAUUUAUUCUCAUGUUUCUGUUAUUAUAUCAACUAGCUUGUAUUGAAAUCUCUACAGUAAUAUUCUUCUGUCAAAAUUUCUAGUUUAUUUUACACAUGUAUUUUGUAUUAUUUUAUUUUUAGGUUCAAAGCUUUCAUUAAAAUGUUGUGUACUUU